GUUUUAUUUACGGACGACACAAAGGAUUUGUUGAAGAGUCUCUUCAACAAAAAUUCCUUUAAAUUCCGACGAUUCUCUUUCUUGAUAUCUGUCUCUCCAAAUCAAGAAAUCUCUCCACUCGAUCAAAAAGCUCUCUUGUCUAACAAAGCUUGCACUAAAUUUCCAAAAAAAAAACAAAGCUUGCACUUUGAUUUGAUCAAAAGUUGAAGCAAAAAAAAAGACAAAAAGAACAUCGCUGAAAUGAUGAAUUCUGAGUCUUGCUUGGUUUGAAGUUCUUCUUAGAAAAUGAUUUUGUUUUUCGAGCUCUUUUACGGCGAAGUACAAGUUGCAGAGUGGGAGAAAGAGAGAUAGCUAGCAAAACCUUUACAUAAAUAUUUACGUGUACAUAAAUAUACAUACGUUACACAACAGAUUCGCAGCAAAAGAUAUGACUGUGAAUUUAAUGGCGAUCGCUGAAUCAAAGCCGUCGGAGGUAGGAUUUGCAAGAUGCGAAUGUUGCGGUAUGAAGGAGGAAUACACGGCGGGUUAUAUAGAGAGCGUACGGUGUCUAUACGCCGGGAAAUUUAUUUGUGGUCUCUGCUCUGAGGCAGUUAAGUACGAGAUUUUCCGUUGUGGAAAAAAACAGAGACGAAUUGGCGUCGACGAGGCUUUGGCGAUUCAUAUGAAGUUUUGCAGCGAGUUUGUUGCUUCUCCGUCUCCGACGGUUGAUUUCAUAUUUGCCAUCGGAGAGAUAUUUAAGAGAAGAUUAAUUCUGAAUUUGCCAAGUGUCUUGACGUCAGCAGCGUCGUUGCCGCCGGCUGUUGACGGUGGAGAGGUUUGUGGUACGGCGGUGAUUGGUGGGGCUGGAAGCUGUUUACCUGCUUUGUCGGGAGGUGUUUAGAUCGGAAUACUUUAUUUGCCGGCGAGGUAUCUAACCGAGAAGAAGGAAGUGUGAACUCGAGAAGGUUUCUCGAAAAUAUUGUUUAUAAAAAAGGUUACAAAUUCAUCUGUAAAUAAAUGAAAAGUUGUUAAAAAGAAAACAAAAUCUGUAAUUUUAGUAUAGUGCUUGUUUUGUAAAAAUGUUAAAUGUUGAUAUGAGUGGUAACUAAGGAAAAAUUUUGGUGUGUUAAAAAUGUUUUGGGUCUUAACUAACAAGUGUUGUUUUGUACUAUUUUUGGCUUUUUAAAAGAUACCAUUGUUCUUGACCCAAAAAGAAGAAGACACUAUUGUCUUACAAUUUCAAUGUAUCUUUUGUAGUUGAAAUAUAUAAUUUACUC